UCUUUCGCUACCGCGCCUAUUCAAAUCGAUCAAUUUGAUCGACGCACUUCCAGUUCAAAUUUUCGCGCGCUCGCGCGGUUUACGGGCGCCUAGCGCCAUCUAGGUUAGAAAGUGGGAAACACACAACGUGCUCCGCUAUGUUUUGUUAGUUUCCUGCUUUGCGGCGCUCCUCCCCGCGUCGCAAAAAGUUUAGCUUUGACGGGCGAGCGCUUCGAUCAUGGCGUCGUCAUCGUGCGCGGGCGCUCCCAAAAGAUGUCGUGCUUCUGGCCUUUCGAGCUCUUUAGGAGCCGAUUUUGCGGAUGCAAUCAGCAGUAGUGAGACUGAAGAUGAUGUGGACACAUCAGAUUUCAGCACCGAUGACGAGGAUGCACCAACUCAAGCCGGAACAUCCAGCGGGGUCUCAACGUCAUACGGACAUGAUUCCUUGCCAGCAGCUGUGAAGCGCGUACAGUUUUUUCCUAAACGAAACCCGGGAGUCAAAGUUGGCGGCGCGGUCCGGAGUAGCGCACGGCGGUUCGUCCGGGCCGUCGAUGUCUUCCAACUCUUCUUCACCGCAGAGCUAAUCAACAUGAUCUUGUCAUGGACCCGGAGAAGACUGACGCUGUCCGCGAUGGCAAGCUGCACAGGAUCACACAUCUGCUGCAACAUAUGAAUGACGUGUCAUGUCAGCAUUUCCAGCCAUACCGAAAUUUGUGCG